CUCUUCUCCCUUUAGGUUUGAAGCAUUAGGUUGCUUCAAUCGUUGGCCAGCACACAUCUGUCGAGAACGUUCAAGGAAAGCUUCAAUGGCAGCUCAAGUCUCUCAACAAUACGCAUUCCGCGCCCAAAAGUCUCUCGGUCUCGUAGGAGGGACCCCUGAUUACCUGCCCGUUCAAGGCUUUGAAUCUCCAGAUGUUGCCGCCAAGACCUACACGUACAGUGCCGAUGGUCGACUCUAUGCCUACGCACUUCCCACUCUUGUGCGUAUCUUCCAGGCGGAGGGUGCUCAACUCUUACAGGAAUUGCCCCUCCCGAACAUCAUCGAGAUGAGUUUUUCUCCACGUGGAACCUACCUCUCGACAUGGGAGCGCCCCGUCAAGCUCGAGGACGGCGCCCAGCACAAGAACUUGCGCGUCUUCUCCGUCUCCACCGGAGAGGAACUCAUUUCCUUCUCCCAAAAGUCGAUCGAAGGAUGGCAAAUCCAGUACACCAUCUCCGAGUCCCAUGCUGUUCGCCUCGUAUCAUCCGAGAUCCAGGUGUACAGGCCAUCCGAAUGGUCCAAGGGUAUUGCCGACAAGCUCAAGGUCGAGGGCGCCACCAACAUCGCGCUCAGUCCCGGCCUCAACCCUUCCGUCGCAGUCUUUGUGGCUGAGAAGAAGGGAGCACCCGCGAGCAUCAAGGUCUACGGCCUUCUCUCACUCAACGCCCCACCCACCUGCCAAAAGACGUUCUUCAAGGCUGAUCGUGCUCAGAUGAAGUGGAACGUCUUGGGCACCCAGGUGCUGCUCCUCACCCAAACCGAGGUCGACAACACGAACAAGAGUUACUAUGGCGAGACUGGGCUUUAUCUUUUGAGUGCAGCUGGCAACUUCGAUUGCCGUGUGACGCUCGACAAGGAAGGGCCUAUCCACGAUUUCGCAUGGAGUCCCAACUCAAAAGAGUUCGGAGUGGUCUACGGAUAUAUGCCCGCUAAGACGAUGUUGUUCGACCACCGUGUUCGCAGUGUCCACGAUUUCGGCCUGGCUCCAUACAACUUCAUUUCCUUCAACCCUCAAGGUCGACUUAUCGCUCUCGCCGGUUUCGGUAACCUUGCGGGUAAGAUGGACAUCUUCGACCGCCGCACCGUGAAGAAGCUGUGCACCAUCGACGCGCCCAACACUUCCCACUGUGAAUGGUCCCCCGAUGGUCGAUUCAUCCUCACCGCCACCCUGUCACCCCGUCUGCGUGUCGACAACGGCGUCAAGAUCUGGCAUUGCACAGGUCCUCUCGUCCACAUUCAAGCCACUGAAGAGCUCUACCAGGCCUCCUGGCGUCCCACCCCCGUCGAAGGCGUCCCUCCCUUCCCGCAAGCCAUCCCACCUGCCCCGGCCCCGGCUCCCAGUGUCAAGGCUUACAACGAGAGCAACGAGGGCAAGAAGAGCGCCACGCCCGCCAAACCGGCUGGUGCCUACCGACCACCUGGCGCCCGAGGACUCGCCACACCCGCUAUCUUCAAACGUGAAGACGAGGGUGGUAUCCGCCUGGACGGUACCUCCACACCUCCUCGAUACGGGCGGGGACCCGUUCCUGGUGCGCCCGGCUACGGAUCCCAAUCCAACGGCUAUGGAAACGGAAAUGGGCAGAGGAGAGUGGUGCCCGGUGCUCCACCUCCAGGCUCGGGCCCGAGUGAGGAGAAGAAGGGCGGUAGGAGGAAGAAGGGGAAGAAGGACGGUGAAGGGCAGGAUGGAGGUGCCGGUACGCCUCCCGCUGUUGAUGUUGGUGCUGCGAAUGGGCAGCAGGGAGGAGGUGGAGGCAAGAAGGGCAAGAACAGGGCUCAGCCUGGUUCGGGUAACGGAUCAGCUGCGCCUACUCCCCCGGCUCCUUCGACGCCUGCGGCAUUGGAGCCUCAGACCCCUGUUACCCCCGGUGGCGAUGGACUUGAUGCUGUCGCGAAGAAGAUUAGAAACUUGAACAAGAAGCUCAAGGCCAUCGACGAGCUGAAGGAGAAGCAGAAGAGGGGAGAACGCCUCGAAGCCACCCAGUUGAAGAAGAUCGAAGGAGAGGCUGACAUCAGGAAGGAGCUCGCUGGCUUGAACGCUCAGGCUGGCUCCUCGUAAACCCCUACUCCCUUCCCUUUCCCAUCAUCGUCAUCUGUCGCAUUGUGCUGUGCUCUGCCUCACUCGCUCUUCACGGACAUGUACAUGAUGUGUGUGCAUAGUACACGAUAAUGUCGAUACGACCUUUUUCUUUU